AUGCCUGCCGUCCAGGACUAUGUGGGCGACGCCGUCUGGCUCGUUGCCCGCGCUACCGCCGAUGCCGCAACAACGUCAACCACCGAAUUGACAGGCGAGACUGGUCAACCUCAGGACGACGAUCGCGACAAUCGCGACAACAACUCGAGUUCGCCGCUCUUAUUCUUCGUCGCUCUGGGAUUCGGCGUCGUAUUCACCAACCUUUGGAUCAUUGUUGGUGUCAAAUACUGCUUUCGCUAUAACGCCAGGAACCGAGCCAUCCGCAACGGCGAAGAUCCCGAUCAGAUCAACAUGGAGAACAUGCCUAACAGGCCGCACCGCAGGCGCCGCGAAAAGAAGCUCAUGACAAUUGACGAGGUCAACGAGAAAUUCCCGCUUACCAAGUAUAAGGCCUGGGUAUCAGAGCGCGCGAGGGAAGGUCUGCCCACCGCUGGCGGUGUUGAUGCCUCUGCGUCGCGAGCCAACAGCCUGCAUGAUGCCGAGGGUAUCCUGCCAGCCAUGUCAGAUGAUCGCACCUCGUUCGACCGCCAUUCGCAGACCAACGCCACCACGAAUGCCGACACCACGGCUCCGGACCAGUUGCACACGGCCAAAGAUGAGGGGAACGAGAAGAGGGAGUCGAGCGGAGCCGCAACGGAGCCCGCCCCCAUAGAGACCUCUCGACGAUCCGAGGCCGACGACAACAACCGACCUGAACUUCAGCGUGUUACUAGCACGAGUGAUGAUCAGGAUGGCGACGAUCACAUUGACGCCGCUCUACCGCCCGAUGCACUGCAGGCCCCGGGUGACGCUUGCGCCAUUUGCAUUGAGCCCCUGGAGGAUGAUGAGGAUGUUCGAGGCCUGACCUGCGGGCACGCAUUCCACGCCGGGUGUGUCGACCCCUGGCUAACUAGCAGACGCGCGUGCUGCCCGCUGUGCAAGGCCGAUUACUACACACCCAAGCCACGACCCGCCAAUGCUCAGAACGAAAACACCACCGGCACCUUGAAUUUUGACGCGAGACAAAACUCUCGUCUGAACUUGCCCACGAGGCUACGCAACGUGUUUGGCGCUCGCAACAGCGCUCCUGCGGAUGGUACCGCGGCGACGGCCGGCCAGGGGGGUUCUCAGCAAGGUAGCCAGCAAGGCACCCUAUCUAGGCUGGCAGGACGACGUCAACGCAGGAGAUAUGAGAAUGCAUCGCCUGAUCCGGCACCUGAGGCCCAGGCCGAUGCUGCGACAACGAAUGCUAGUAAUCCGCAAACACCAGAAGUCGCGGAGACUAGGACUGAGGGACUGUUGUCAGGCAUGCGGUCAGCUCUGCGACGUGGGCAUCGACGUGACAACCAAGCAAGCGGACCGCCGGCAAACACAUCGCAGGAGACCACAGCCAGUGUCACGCCGUCCCAGCUAGAGUCGGGGAUACGCCCGAACAACUCAUCAACAUGA